UGAUUCCGUUUCCCGCUCCGCUCUUCACCCUUCUUCACCCCCAUCAUCACUUCAUCUCACGCUAUAAAUACCCUCGCCUUCCCAUUCCCUCUCUUUUCAUCUCUCUCCUCCACGCCCUCGACGCCGCUACCCCUCCCGCCAAAUUCUACUGCUCUUCCAGACUUAUAACUUCAUCACAUACCUGCUGACUUCCUCUUCCCAUCACUCUUAUAGCUACUCUUUUCUUUAAUCAUCUUCGGUUGAUGCAGCUAAGAAAACUGAGAGUCCUCCGUCCGAUCUGAGGUCAUCUUGGACGGCUUCGAUGUUAGGCUGCGUCAGGAAGAGUAUGGGUAGUGACUUUCUGAUGCCGAUACGACCGGCGGUGAAGUUCUCCGAGCAUGUGGUCACCACAAGUAAGAAUAUGCAGGAGCUGGAGUCUGUGAGCGCCUCUGAGUGUCUUUCGGGGAGGAGGAGAGUGCGGCACAGAGUUGUGAGGAUUAUUCAUACCGACGGCGACGCUACAGACUCAUCCAGUGACGAUGAAGUGGAAUUGGUGCAGAGAGUGAAGCGACACGUCACAGAGAAGCUUCCACCUUCAGUGGAGUCACCACAAAAGGAGCCGACCAAGAAGAGAGUGUUGAGACUGCCGGAGUCGGAAAGCACUCGCCGGAAAAAAUUCAGAGGCGUGCGUCAGAGGCCCUGGGGAAGGUGGGCGGCGGAGAUCCGGGACCCGACCCGCCGGAAAAGGUUGUGGUUGGGGACGUACGACACGCCGGAGGAAGCGGCCAGGGUAUACGACAAGGCCGCCGUCAGUUUAAAAGGCCCCAACGCCGUUACCAACUUUCCCUCCGUCGUCAAAACGGAAUCCGUUGCUACUGCUAGUCAAAGUCAAUCAGAGACCUGCAGUUUACCCAGCGUCACCGCCUCCUCGCCCACCUCAGUCCUCCGUUACAACGAGGAAGCGCCUUUCAACGGAUUCGGUUACUGCGACGUCGACGCCUUCGGGUUUGAUUUCGACGUGCCGUUAACUUCGCCGGACAUAUUUUCAAAUAAGCACUUAGAGGAGGAGGACUUCGGGGAGUUUGACCCCGACGAUUUCUUAGUGUUUGACCCUACCCCUCCACCAUUCCAACAAGAGUGAUGAGGCGAGUGCAGGGUGGGAGGGUUAUAAUUGUAAAAUGACAGAAAGGCGAUUUUGUUCGGUCCAAUACUUAUUCUUGAUUCUUGUAUUUGUAAUUUAGUGGUGUUGUAAUUGUAGCUUAAGUGGAUGAUGAGAGUCAGGUGGGUUUAAUGCCUAAUGGUGAGUGGAGGGAUGUGAGCGUUUCUUGUAAAGCACGCCAGGCGUUGAAAAAUGAGAAGAUUUUUAUUUCAAUACA